UGAAAGCAAAACACUGCAGCACUCGGGCAGCUCUGGGUUGGGGAAGGAAUCUGGGAGGCUGUGCCUCCGGGUUGCGCGAAGAGUCUAAGUCAUUGCUCAGAAACCUCUGAUAGGUGGGCCUUAGCGGAAACGCCGCCGGCCAUGAUGCCUCAGAGGCCUGGGUUUCCUGAGGCAGAGAGGGAAGCUGCUUUUUCAAAGCGAAUUAAAUGAGAGUAACCACAGACGCUACAAAGGAGGGCAAAAACAGAAACCCACCUGGAGGAACCAGCUGAUGCAAAGGAGAGCACCGCGAGAAUCAGGAAACGCAUCCCUGUCUGUGUGCCUGGGAAGAGACCUAGAAACUGGCACGUCUCUGAGGGAAGAGGAGGAAAAGGCUGUAAAUUGGCCAAAAGAGCCUUGAAGUACUUCUUCCGCGUGGGAAAGUGAUGGCUGGUGGAAGGAGGCGAACCCCGCAAGGAAAGAUGGCUUAGCAGCAGCUGCAGCUGCCAAACCAGGCCCGGUGGGAUGUGCCCUUAGACCACCAUGGACGGAGCCCACAGAGCAGCCCUGCAGCUGCAGCAGCUCCCGCCCGCGAGCAGUGCUGACCCUGUGAGUGAGGCUUCCUUCUCCUACAAGGAAAACUUGAUCGGUGCCCUCUUGGCGAUUUUCGGACACCUUGUGGUCAGCAUUGCACUUAACCUCCAGAAGUACUGUCACAUCCGCCUCGCGGGCUCCAAGGACCCUCGGGCCUAUUUCAAGACCAAGACAUGGUGGCUGGGCCUGUUCCUGAUGCUGCUGGGCGAGCUGGGCGUGUUUGCCUCCUACGCCUUCGCCCCGCUCUCGCUGAUUGUGCCUCUCAGCGCCGUCUCUGUGAUAGCCAGCGCCAUCAUAGGAAUCAUAUUCAUCAAAGAAAAAUGGAAACCUAAAGACUUUCUGAGGCGCUACAUCUUAUCCUUCGUUGGCUGCGGUCUGGCCAUCGUGGGCACCUACUUGCUGGUGACAUUCGCACCCAACAGUCACGAGAAGAUGACAGGCGAGAACAUCAUCAGACAUCUUGUGAGCUGGCCUUUUCUCCUGUACAUGCUCGUGGAGAUCAUUCUCUUCUGCUUGCUGCUGUACUUCUACAAGGAGAGGAACGCCAACAACAUUGUUGUGAUUCUCCUCUUGGUGGCGUUACUUGGCUCAAUGACCGUGGUGACGGUGAAGGCUGUGGCCGGGAUGCUCGUCUUGUCCAUACAGGGGAACCUGCAGCUCGACUACCCCAUCUUCUACGUGAUGCUCGUGUGCAUGGUGGCGACUGCUAUCUAUCAAGCCGCGUUUUUAGGUCAGGCCUCACAGAUGUACGACUCCUCUCUGAUUGCCAGCGUGGGCUACAUUCUAUCCACUACCGUGGCUAUCACAGCAGGCGCCAUCUUCUACCUGGACUUCCUCGGGGAGGACGUGCUGCACGUCUGCAUGUUUGCACUGGGGUGCCUCAUCGCAUUCUUGGGCGUCUUCUUGAUCACACGUAACAGGAAGAAGGCCAUUCCCUUUGAGCCCUACAUUUCCAUGGAUGCCAUGCCAGGUAUGCAAAACAUGCAUGACAAAGGGAUGACCGUCCAGCCUGACCUCAAAGCUUCUUUUUCCUACGGGGCCCUGGAAAACAAUGACAACAUUUCUGAGAUCUACGCUCCCGCCACGCUGCCCAUCAUGCAGGAAGAACACGGCUCUAGAAGCGCCUCUGGGGUUCCCUAUCGCGUCCUGGAACACACCAAGAAGGAGUGAGCCCACCUUGAAGGAGACUCACCUCCUCUCCAUUUACAGCUGCUCAAGCCAUGCUGAUAGCGGUUCAACCCUUAAUUCUAAAACUUGCCUUUCAAGUCUUAUUUUUUUAAUCCAAGAACUCUGUGGACGGGGAUCUUGAAAAGCCUUCGUCUCUGGCAAAGGGCAGAUUAUCUUGGUCCUGGAAGUUUCAGAUGAUGAGGGUGGGGCUGGGGUGGGGGCCUGAAAGCAGUAUUCUAGGUGGGCAGUACAGAGCUCAGCCUCUGCCUGAUUUAGCCCAAUGAGAUUUGGAAAGCCGUUGUCAUCCUUGAGGAUGGGAACUGGGUUUCCCCAGUCAGUGACCAAAGGUGGCCACAUUCUUUAGAGCUAAAGCAAGGCAGAGAUUCUGCCCUUAUACUUUCCAAAUCCAUUGAAAGGCUGGAAACCUCCAAAUCUAGUCUUCCCUCACCUUAUGUGCAGGCCUGAUCUCUACCCACCUCCCUCUUGAUUCUGUACUUGAGAUAAGCUUUGUGUCGCCUUCACACGGCAUGGUGAACCAGCCCUGGGUGUAACAUCCUGUCACUUGCCUGUAGGAAAUGCACAUCUGCUUUCUGAUGGUCUGUGCCGCCCCAGUGAGGGUGUGCUUGAUGUGUUUAUACUGGGUCCACUCUGAAAACGAAUUUGGUUUUGGUUCUGUGAAUUACUUGGUUGCUUUCUUUCCCCUCAAAGGAACUGAGAAGUUAAGAGAAGAAGGGGAAGAAUAAGAAAGACAGGAGCAGGGGUCAUGAGCCUUCAGCCCAUAAAGGGAGAAAAAUCCCUUUUCAUUUUGCAAGAGGUGAUUGCAUCACCUAUAAAGGACAGACAGACAAUCUGGCUGUUGUAUGUGUAUUUUCCUGCACACCAGGGUCCUCUGGGAAAACCAGGGGUGCUCAUUUCAGAGACAGCCUCACUCAACUCUCCUCUCUCCUCUCCCUUAUAGAUUGACGGACCAAGCUUGAGUCAUUGGUUAACUUCCUUGGGGUCGAUAGACUCUUUGGGUCCUCAUCCCCAUGCACGUACAUCUGGAAGAAGUAGGCAUUCUCAGAAAUGGGGCUGCUGCUGGCUGGCUGGCUGGCUGCGUACACGAUUGUCUUCCCCUAGACUGACUGUGUGCUUUUGAGAAUGGCAGGUAAAGGUCUGCAAACUUUAAUGAAAAUAAGGAUCCCCUAGGGAGUUUAUUUAACAUACAGAUUCCUCCACCCCAACCACAGGUACUCUGAUUGAGUGGGACUGGGACCGGGCCCAAGAGUCUGCAUUCUUAACUGGCAGCACAGGUGAUCCUGAGGCAGGUAAUCCUGCCUGUAUCACACACCUUGAAAACCUAAUAACUGAGAGAGACAGUCUGCUGAAACCCUGACACACCCCUGCUGGAAGGUUGGAAUUACCAUUCCUUGUCUCCUCUUGGGGGUUCAUUUGGCAGGCCGAAUAUUCCCUGUAGGAUCCAGGGCAUUUCUGCAUCCAGUGAUUACUUCUUAGAACUACACUUCCUGCUUCCCUAGGCGGCCUUGAGCUAACUGGCAAGAUAACAGUGUUAACAGACCCGUGUUGAUAGAUCAUUAACCUUUAUGGAUUUGCUUCAUACUGAUUUGAUUUAGUACCUUGACUUCAAAACUGAUAUGUUGCCUGUGAUAACCACUUCUGCAUUGUGUCUUACAUGCCUAAGAAGGCAACAGACGAUGACUUCUUUUUCCUUUAGAAUAGGUAUCAAAACAGUAUUUAUGAGGCACUUACUAUGUGUUAAGCAUUUGGACAGUGAGGGCUGCGAGUAAUAAGACCUGGUUUCUGCACUCCAAGCCAGCCGUGAGAGACCUGGUCAACUAUGACAGGGCGGGCCGAGUCAACUAUGACAGGGCGGGCCGAGUGCAAUAGCGGACCACAGAAAAUGACGGUGAUGGAGGUCCUGCUAAAGGUCAGGCCCUGAGCCCGGAACUGGGUAUUCAGAAGUGGAGAUGAUUUAGGCUCCACUCAUGGAUGGGUGGCAAAUCUAGCUAAGAUUUGGGCAAAGCAUAGAAAGUAGGGUGAUCACCCCCAGGCAGAGGGGCCAGCAUUUGCAAAGACACAGAGAUGGGUUGAGGCGGGUGGCAAAGGAAGAGCCGGGGUAGGUAAUGGGAAAUGAGCCUGGAAGGAUAAGCAGUGGAGGUAGAAUCAUGGAGGGACUGGAAGGCCUGGCCGAGGAGUUUAAACAUAUCCUAGAGAACAUGGGAGCCAUUGAUGGUUCAUGAGGAAAAGAGUGGCAGGAUCCGCACUGAUUGGAAAGGAGGCCCUAUGCAGUUCGGAGGAAGACUCUGAAGGGGUAAUAAAACUCACUUUUCAAGGUCAGGCUGCACAGCUGCAGGAACAAAACACAAAAGGGGAAUUAAAAUCCAAUUUCGCUGCUAUUCACAUUUUCCCAGUGAUGUUUCUAAUGUGGGCCGGGAGUGGGUGUGAGGGCAGAGUGGAUAAAGGGAAGGUGAGCCGGGAGGCCAUUUAAAUGUGUCAAACCCAGGUGAUCAUUUGGUAUCUUAUGUGCUCCCAGCCUUACUCUGCCCCCUUCCCUUGGUUUUGUGUUGGGUCUUUUAACCUGGAGUCAGGCAACAGUGAUGAAUGGAUGAAAGCACACUGUAAUCUCAGGUCAGCUGACGAUCAUGGGUUCAGUGCCACCCAGGAGCUGCCUUCAGGUUUGGGGCAACAGCGCCAUCCCGUGAGGCUGAGUACAGGAAGGUUGCACAGAGUUGCAUGGUGGCUGCGGAGUGGAAGCCAGAGUAGGUCACCUGGGUCCCGGGAAGAACGGCUGAUGUGGCGCCAUGGUCCCCAGAAUUCUGACUCUGUCUUGGGCUGGCAUCUCCCAGUCUUUGUCCCUGAGUGUAAAUGGACGGUUUGCUGGUGGCAGAUAAGCAGCACUUGCUGUUAGGGUGGGGCACAAGGACAUCAGCUUUCCACUCACAGCCCUGACUCUUUAUUUUCUCAUGGCUCUCACGUCGCCAAGCCCUCUCGAAGGCUCCAGGCAACAAUACAUAUCCUGCCGCCAUCUCCCUUCUCACAGCAAGGUCACCAAACUUGGGUUUCAGCUUUCCACUUGUUCUCUGGCUUCCUCUCCCCACCCCACUCUGUUCCCCUCUUCUAAAGGCUGGGAUUCUGGGGUCCCUAAUCAGACAUUAAAAGCAGUUCUUCACAGAUGGGUGCCUGCAGCUUUUGAAGGGACCUAAGCCCCAUUCCACCCGCCCCCAGCCCUCCCACGAAGCCGCAGGUCUGACGUGCCAUCACGUGAAGUCUCAGAUCGCGCGAGGGUUUUGCAGGAUGGAGUUGAACACUGGGUAGGCAAGGGAGGAUUGACAUCUCCAUUGCUCUUCUGGUGGAAAUGAGGCGGCUUGAUGGUACAGUGUGGAGACAAGAUGUCCCUCAGGGUAGUGUUGGGGAAUCUCCAACCCUCAGCCUUGUGAAUUCCAAAUCUGGUCCAACACUGGCUGACAGGCAAAAAAUUUUACUGUGUGUUUCUCUGAGAAGCUGUGUAAAUCAUGUCACCUUAGGAUAUAUUCUAUGUGGAAGCCCACAUUUUGUUGAUUUAGUGACUAAAGUAUGGCAUGUCUUAUUUUUCAAAAAAAUGUAUGUGCUAUGUGCAAAUAGCAUUAUGAAGUGGUAUUUAAUUAAAGAAAAUCCAUGUGA